GUGUUGACCACUUUUCAAAGGUCAAACUGUCAGACAAGAAAGGAGGAAACGUGGAGCAGAACAUACUGACAGUGACACACAGCUAUGGAUUGGCCCAUAUUGGCUCUUCUGACAAUUGUCCUUACCCCCUUGGGGACGGCGCAGCCCCGUGUUGACGUCACCAAGCGGUUCGACUGUUAUCCCGAGGCGUUCAACAGGCCCCUUACGGAGGGCGACUGUACGGCCAGGGGGUGUCUGUGGGCGGAAACACACUACCCAAGGGAGCCGAAGUGCAUCUAUGGCAACAACUACGGCUACGCCAUGGUUGCUGGGAGUAGGGAGGAAACGUCAGCCGGUUUCAGGGUAAGGUUGAACAGGAACAACCUGCCCCCGAAGUACAGCAGUUCCCCGGAUGUGCAGGAGGUGACGCUCGAUGUCGAGAUGCUGUCCGACAACGUGCUCCGAUUUAAGUUUUAUGACGCAUCCACGGCGCGGUACGAGGUCCCUGUCCCGGUAAACAGGCCCGGCACGCCCGCUACUAACCCCGCCUAUGCCGUGGAGCUCGUCACUGAAGACGGGAAACCUUUCGGCAUCAGGGUAACCAGAACAGCUACAGGAACCAUUCUCUGGGACUCCUCUGUUGGCGGUUUCACCUUCUCGGACCAGUUCCUGCAGAUCUCCACCCUGCUGCCGUCCCGGUACGUGUACGGCUUCGGCGAGCACGAGCACGCCACCUACCGGCACAGCAUGGAUUACAGGACGUGGGGCAUGUUCUCGCGAGAUCAGCCACCCGGCCCGCCCGGUGAUGACGGCACCCCGCCCAACCUGUACGGCGUCCAUCCCUACCACAUGUGUGUGGAGGAUGACGGGAACGCACACAGCGUCCUCCUGCUCAACAGCAAUGCAAUGGACGUGACCCUGCAGCCUGAGCCUGCCCUGACAUACCGGACUAUCGGCGGCGUGCUGGACUUCUACAUGUUCCUGGGACCCAGUCCGGAGGAGGUCACUCAACAGUACACACAGCUCAUUGGCCGUCCGUUCAUGCCGCCAUAUUGGUCCCUGGGUUUCCAGCUGUGUCGCUAUGGUUACAACAGUCUGGACAGGAUGAAGCAGAUUUACGAUGAAAACCGACAGCAUGACAUCCCGCAGGAUAUUCAGUACGGAGACAUUGACUACAUGGAUCGGCAGAUCGACUUCACCAUAGACCAGCAGAACUUCCCAGGUAUGAACGACUGGGUACAGUCCAUCCGGCGGGACGGCACCUACUACAUCACCAUCCUGGAUCCCUUUAUCAGUGCAAACGAGACCGACUAUCUCCCGUACACCAGGGGGACAGACAUGGACGUCUGGAUCAAGGACGGAGACAACCCCGGCCAGAUCAUGUUUGGCAAGGUGUGGCCGUAUCUACCUAACAUCACCAUGGAUCCAAACGCUCCUUGGGAGACUGUAGUUGGGGAGUACGCAGCGCACACAGCCUUUCCUGACUUCCUGCUGAACAGUACCAAACAGUGGUGGGUGGACGAGAUACAGAAAUUCUACACCGAAAAACUUCAGUUUGACGGGCUGUGGAUCGACAUGAACGAACCAGCAAACUUCAUCCUGGGCUCAGUCAAUGGCUGUAGCAACAACAAGUGGGACCAGGCGCCCUACAAACCUAGGUUCUGGGGAGCUGUCCUUGCCGACAAGACCAUCUGCAUGAACUCUCAGCAAGGCGGGACUGUGCACUACAACACCCACAGUCUGUACGGAUGGAGCCAUUCAGUACCGUCACAGAGAGCCAUGCGGCAGGCCACGGGGAAACGCAGUGUCAUCAUCUCCCGCUCCACGUACCCUGGGAGCGGCGUGUACACCGGCCACUGGCUGGGAGACAACACCAGUAAAUGGCCGCAUCUCCACACCUCCAUCAUAGGCAUGUUCGAAUUCAACCUGUUUGGAAUUCCAUACGUUGGUGCGGAUAUCUGUGGCUAUUUCAAUGACGUGACUCCAGACAUGUGCCAGCGGUGGAUGCAGCUCGGAGCCUUCUAUCCUUUCAGUAGGAACCACAACGGGAAGGGCUAUCGGCGGCAAGACCCUGCUGCGUGGGACGGGCAGAUCGCAGCAGCGUCCCGGGCGGUGCUGCUGACCCGUUACCGCCUGCUGCCGUACCUCUACACGCUGUUCCACCACGCUCACACCGCCGGCUCAACCGUCGUGAGGCCGCUCAUGCACGAGUUUAUCGAUGACAAGCUAACAUGGACAGUUGACAGACAGUUCCUGUGGGGACCGGGACUCCUCAUCUCACCUGUACUGGACGAGGGCGCCCUAGACGUGACUGCGUAUGUCCCCAAAGCCAGGUGGUACGACUACUAUACGGGCGAAGAAGUGGCGGAGACUGGCCGCAUGGUAGUCUGGGAUUGCGACAUGGACUGUAUCCCUCUGCACCUGCGCGGUGGUUACGUCAUACCUACACAAGAACCUGCCAACACUACUGUGUUCAGCCGAAGAAACUCCCUUGGCCUGCUGGUUGCGUUGGACGCCGAGGGGAGAGCGGAGGGCAGUCUGUUCUGGGACGAUGGGGAAAGCAUAGGUGAGUUUAUUUACUUGAAUCAAGGAGGUUUUUCUUUUGAACCUCCAGUUGCUUGA